AUGCCACGACGUUGCAUGCAGCAGAAGCCAUCGCCUUUACCCUUUCCUAUUUUGAGCACACCCCCUUCAUCGCCAAGGAUCCCAACUCCAGUUUCCCUGUCCUCCUCCACUUCAACAGUUGCCGCGCCUCAGCCCCUGCCCGAUUCGCCACUCAGUUCCUCUCCACCUCUGUCCCCGUCGGCCAUAAGCCUACUGUCGGGUAUCCCCCUGGUGGAAACUCGGUACAUACGCGCAGAGAUUGCUCCGCAGAUCAGCUUGACGCCGCCUCUGCCGACGCGCAAUCCGCUCGUUUCGCCGCCGACGCCGCCUCGACCGUCUCUGAAGAAGAAGAGGAAGGCGCCGCCAGCGCCGACGCCAACGCAAGCGCCGACGCCGACGCCGCUCCUUCUUCCGCUUCUGCCUUUAAUGACGCCUCCGUCGACCUCGACGGCCACGCCAUCUCGCUGCACGUCAACUACAACGAGCAGCACUGCCUCGAGUGGGGUGGCGUCGGCUGUCGCGGCCGCCGCUGCCGCAGGCCUACCUUCGGUAGCUACUCAGCUCCCCUUACACACCAUACCGCCGCCUCAGACUUCUACUUCCUCCUUCUCUACCUCCUCCUUUUCCACCUCGUCUACUUCCUGUCCCGAAUCGGGUUCUACUUCCGGCUCGACUUACGCCGUAUCCCAGCAGCACCACUCGAUGGUAAGUGCAGUGAUUUCGAGUGUUAUAAACAACAACAACAACAACAACAACAACAACGACAACAGCAGUAGCAACAACAGCAGCAACAACAACAGCAACACUAGCAGCAGCAACAAUGCGGCUGGCUUUGCUUCGUGUACAUCGACCCCACCGCUAACUCGCCCUCCUCCACCUUCAUCGGGCACGGCACCCACAGCUGGAAUCAGCUUGUCUGUAGGCGCUAGCAAAGUUAUUCCAGCUGCCGCGGAAGCAGCCGGAUUCCCUCAAAUGUUGAAACAGGAGACUACGAAAAGGAAGCUCAUCUCCUCUUCGAACUCGACGACGGGAGCCAUGGGCAGCAAACUCUUCCAACGCCGAUCGGCUGUCACCAGGUCCACCAUGAACACCAGCCGGCGUUAUUCGGCACGCGAUAACACCGACGAACGGGAAAAAGUGGCGCGAAGUAUUUUCGGCGAUGUCCCCUUGUCGGAUGUAGAACGCUGCUACCUGGCGGCGGCUGCCGAGGGUAACAUGUCACAAAUCCUCCGUUGCAUUCAGGCCGGAGUCAAUGUCAAUUGUAGGGACUACCUUGGCCGUACGGCAUUGCAAUUGAGUCUCCAGGGUGAUCACUACGAAGAAACGAAAUUCCUCAUGGAUCACUGCAACCUGGACGUCAUUGAAGAAGGUCUUCUGCAUGCAAUUAAAUUGGAAAACGUCCGUAUGUGUGACAUGAUUCUUAACCAUCCCGUUUACUCAGACGAACGAAAUCGGAUUAGCUUCCGUGGUAAUUGUGAUGCUAGCUUCCGUGAUAAUUUUGAUGCUAGCUUCCGUGGUAAUUUUGAUGCUAGCUUCCAUGGUAAUUGUGAUUCUAGCCUCCGUGGUAAUUUUGAUGCUAGCUUCCGUGAUAAUUUUGAUGCUAGCUUCCAUGGUAAUUGUGAUGCUAGCUUCCAUGGUAAUUGUGAUUCUAGCCUCCGUGAUAAUUGUGAUGCUAGCUUCCGUGAUAAUUUUGAUGCUAGCUUCCAUGGUAAUUGUGAUGCUAGCUUCCAUGGUAAUUGUGAUUCUAGCCUCCGUGAUAAUUGUGAUGCUAGCUUCCGUGAUAAUUUUGAUGCUAGCUUCCAUGGUAAUUGUGAUGCUAGCUUCCAUGGUAAUUGUGAUUCUAGCCUCCGUGAUAAUUGUGAUGCUAGCUUCCGUGAUAAUUUUGAUGCUAGCUUCCAUGGUAAUUGUGAUGCUAGCUUCCAUGGUAAUUGUGAUUCUAGCCUCCGUGAUAAUUGUGAUGCUAGCUUCCGUGAUAAUUUUGAUGCUAGCUUCCAUGGUAAUUGUGAUGCUUGCUUCCAUGGUAAUUGUGAUUCUAGCCUCCGUGAUAAUUGUGAUGCUAGCUUCCGUGAUAAUUUUGAUGCUAGCUUCCAUGGUAAUUGUGAUGCUAGCUUCCAUGGUAAUUGUGAUUCUAGCCUCCGUGAUAAUUGUGAUGCUAGCUUCCGUGAUAAUUUUGAUGCUAGCUUCCGAGGAAAUUUCCUUUAUUUUUUUAUUUGA